CACGAUCCUCCUCAAUCCCGGUCUGAAGUCUGGUUUUUUGUUUUCCUGCCACCGCCCAUUUUAACAAAACCAGUACAAAGACAACCAGUCGUCACUGCGCUGUGAUCGUUUCCAUUCCCCUACACGGCGCGAGGACGGUCCCCGCAAACAUUGAUAAGCAGUUCGGCUGUACUUUUUACACAACGCCGUGCCGCAGCCACGAAACCCGCCGAUUUCAACGCGUGGGCCGAAACCCGCCACCCCCAAAGACCUACCGAACCGCAUCUUUCUCAAAAACAUCCAUUUCGUCGUCUAUUGCUUCUCUAUGACCUGACGACUGGCUUUAGUUGAAAGGGUUUCCCACUGUCGAGCGAAAAAAAAAAAAUAUAAAAAAAAUAUCGUCAUUGUUGGUUGCGAGUCUGUCCUACGCCUUUCAUCCUAGCCCGCUACCCGGCUCAAAAAGCUUUCCGCAUCGCCCCCGCCCCUAAGGUGUCACACGCCAUCUCCUCACGCACCAUCACCGAAAAAAAGAAAACCGUGACCAUCACCGGUAGCCUUCGGAACGAUCACGAGCGGGUGCUCAUCCCCUCAUAGCUCUGCCAAAGAUGGUUUCGGUGUCACCGCCGCCCAUCCAGCAGACUACCGAUGUAGGCCGGCCUCGAUCGAAACAGCAAAUGUCUGUCAAUUAUGAUGAGGCAGAAAGCGGGCCAGUCGGUCAGCGAUCUUCACGACUCCAGUUUGAGCUGGCUCAGUGUGUCGAAACGACGACCGUCACGACGACAAAGACUACAAAAUUAGCGAUACCACCACUGUUGCUACGCGAGCCGCGACCGCUCAGUUCACUCGAUACAAAAGAGUACCCAUUGGCGAACCGACCGACGCCGCCUGAACUGGCCAAAUUUACGAUGGAUAUCGAAGACUAUCAACAAGGACUGUUUCCUGUCGACUCGUCAUUCGAGGAGGCCAAGUACAAGAGCGAACAUGAAGCCAGGCCCUGUUCUGUUGAAGUCGAUGCCUUAGAAACACCUGAUACCCCGCAGCAAGAAUCCCCGACUCCAACAUUUUUCAACAAUAAGCCGAGGCCGACCCGACGAGCCAGUGGCAUCCCAUCUCGAAAUGCGGCAAAAUCAUACGGCUCCAUCGGGAGGGAGGAGUUUUCCCGUUCAAACCGACCGAUCAUGACCUCAACUGCAUCGGAGAGAAUGAGAAGACCGUUUACAGAGCAGAGGCGAGUGGAGUCGGAUUCUGCAGCCGGAUAUUUGGCUACUCCUGAUGCCACAGAGUUGGUAGGGAGCAGUCGACGGCGCUCAAGUCGCCGCGAGCCUCUGGAUCAGGGCGAAUCAGCAGACUCGGGUACACAACAGGCUUCGCUUUUUGACGCAGCCAGUCCCGCCGAGAGUGAGGCAAACACUGCGUACAGUGGGUCAGUAUCUACACCUCCAAUAAUGGACGCGGACUCGGUUUCGUUCGCAGACGCAGAUGAGCAACCCGCACGCGCCUUCCACAGGCCCAGACCUACGGUGGAUACGAUUGCGGCGCAAGAUGCAAGUCUCCCUAGCCCGGGCCUAUCGCCUACGCUGCAAGCGGCGCAGUUACAAAAUAGCCAGCAGGAUGAUGGGGAUGUGGAAGAGGACGAUCAGAUGGAGUUUUCCCAGCAGCUUGCACGACAGAGACGGUCACGCUUCCUCGGGAAUCGGUCACCAGCGGACAAUGAGGACGAGGCCUCCGAUGUGACUGGGCAUGCCCUCGAGCGACGCAGGAGGGGAGGAUCAGAGCGCUUCUCCAGGCAAAGCAUACUUGACACCCAGUACAUGGUCGAGCAGUUUGACACAUUACCAAACGAGCUAAAGACACUGAUGAUGUACCAGCUGCUAAGGCGUUGCCCUCGAAAGACACUACACAUGGUUGCCGAUGUUGUCAACCCUGCUCUGAAGUGUGACUUUAUCAGGCAGCUCCCGGCCGAACUUUCACUUCAGGUGCUCAGCUAUCUGGAUUAUCGCGAUCUCUGCAGAGCUGCCCAGGUCUCGAAGCUUUGGAGAUCCAUUAUCGAUGGUAACGAAACAGGUUGGAAAGAACUGUGCGAUAGAAAUGGGUUCGAACUUUCUGAGAGUGAGUUAGAAAAGGCCAUUUCUCAAGGCUGGGGCUGGCAAGAUCCAGCUGGUAUUUACGGUGCCGAGCUUGAUCUCAGCCUGCAGAGUCGACUUACUGCCACUGAACCGGAGCUGGUGAAGACAGCAAAGCCAAAUGCCUCACAAAGGACAAGGCCUGCAAAGCGGAAGCGUCCUAUGGCGGGCUAUCCAUCAGCAGACCGCUCGAAGCGGCGCGCAAACACCCAGGAAGUGCACAAGUCGGAUGGCCUGGAGCCGAGCCAUCAACAAAACAAGGAAGGCCCCAUUGCCGCCGCCACAGCCGCAGCUAUGGCCGUUAGUGAUCCCGGGAUUGGACUUCCAUCUCUUCGAAGGCUUCACUUGUUCAAGUCCCUAUUCCGCCGGCACUACAUGAUCCGGCAGAACUGGACAAGCGGCAAGGUCAAACCUGGGCAUGUGGCUUUUGCGGCGCAUCCUCGUCAUGUCAUCACCUGCCUUCAAUUUGAUGAAGACAAGAUCAUCACUGGCAGUGACGAUCAGUUGAUCCACGUCUACGACACCAACACAGGCAAGCUCAGGCAGAAGCUCGAAGGACAUGAGGGCGGAGUGUGGGCAUUGCAAUACGAGGGUAACACUUUGGUAUCGGGAAGCACGGAUCGAUCUGUUCGCGUCUGGGACAUUGAAAAGGGCCUUUGCACGCAGGUUUUCUAUGGACAUACGUCCACUGUCAGGUGCCUACAAAUCUUGAUGCCCACCGAGGUGGGUUCUGAUAUGGAUGGCAAGCCCAUAAUGUCGCCUGCCAAGCCCUUGAUCAUUACAGGAUCUCGGGAUAGUCAGCUUCGCGUUUGGCGUCUUCCUGAGGCUGGCUCUAGACGAUACAUUCAGACAGGACCUCCCGCCAACGACGCGGAGUGCCCAUACUUUUUGCGGAUCCUCCAGGGUCAUACACACUCCGUGCGAGCCAUCUCAGCACAUGCCGAUACUCUUGUAUCAGGCAGCUAUGAUUGCUCUGUUCGUGUAUGGCGUAUCAGCACGGGAGAGCAGCUUCACUGGCUACAAGGACACUCGCAGAAGGUCUACUCUGUUGUGCUGGACCACAAGCGCAACCGUUGCAUUUCUGGAUCUAUGGACUCGCUUGUCAAGAUCUGGGAUUUGGAAACUGGCGCGUGUCUGUAUACACUCGAGGGCCAUAGUUUGCUUGUCGGACUCCUCGACCUUCGAGAUGAGCGACUUGUGUCGGCUGCCGCUGACAGCACUCUUCGGAUUUGGGAUCCCGAGAAUGGCAAGUGCAAGAGCAUCCUCACAGCCCACACUGCGGCCAUUACCUGCUUUCAGCAUGAUAGCCGCAAAGUCAUUAGUGGUAGCGAAAAGACGGUAAAAAUGUGGGAUAUCGCCACUGGCGAGUGCAUCGACGAUCUCUUGACGGAUCUCAGCGGAGUCUGGCAAGUCAAGUUUGACGGGAGGAGAUGUGUCGCAGCGGUUCAGAGAGACGGUCUUACGUAUAUCGAGAUUCUCGAUUUUGGCGCUGUUCGUGACGGGAAACCCCGCGAAGAGCUCGGAAAACGGAUAGUACUUAACUCUUCCGAAGUCCAACGUCUGCUCGAAGAGGUUGAAGCUUGAGGGGAGGAUUGAUGCUUCACGGGUGCAACUGCCCACGGCAUGAUGCAAAUAUACAAGAAACAGUGCUCGGUCAUCUAGCUUUAUACUUACACUGGGAGAAACAGCACCCAGUUCGUCAGCCUGGGUUGAAUCACGCCUAACGGCCCCAUAUACUGGCUACUUUUUGUGUCAUCGAGGGCAAGACUGAACAUAGUAGGCACUUCAGCGGGAUAUAGACCAGAGUAGAGGUUCUGGCGGGUAUGGUUUGGCGUUUGGUGUGCUACUGAUGGGUUUACUGUUAUUAUCAUUAUUUCUUUUUUCUUUGUCAAGGGAGGUUUUGGCAUUGCAGCGCUGCGUGUUUGUCUGGUACAAGCUGGAGGUUAUGGUUAAAGGAGUGUGCGGUUCUCUUUUUGAACAAAAGUGCUAGCUGGUCUUAUACAUGUUCCGGUGCCUGGCUUUUUUUUGCCCAUUUCCCCCCCUUGAUUGUCCGGCUUUGGGAAUCAAGUAUCAGCGUAGUGUUUUUUUUUUUUUUUGUUUUUUUUUUGGGAGG